CGGCCUUACCCCUCCCAAAAACCCUACUCUCAACUAAUUCUCUCUCCUCUACUCUCCUCUCCUCUCCUCCUUCUCUUUCUCUCUCUACACGAAAAUGGAGAAUAAAAGUGACCAAGAUAACCAAGAGGAACAAGUCGUGACGCCAUGGGAAGUCGCAGCUGAGAAGGGCGGCAAAAUCGACUACGACAAGCUUAUCGACAAGUUCGGCUGCCAGCGCCUCGACCAGUCCCUCAUCGACCGCGUCGCACGUCUCACCGGCCGCCCGCCCCACGUCUUCCUCCGCCGCGGCGUCUUCUUCGCCCACCGCGACUUCAAUGACGUCCUUGAUGCCUAUGAGAGAGGGGACAAGUUCUAUCUCUACACUGGCCGGGGGCCGUCUUCCGAGGCGCUGCAUUUGGGCCAUCUCGUGCCGUUUAUGUUCACCAAGUAUCUGCAAGAUGCAUUCAAGGUGCCGCUAGUGAUACAACUGACGGAUGAUGAGAAGUGCAUGUGGAAGAAUUUGACGGUGGAGGAGAGUCAGAGGCUUGCGCGUGAAAAUGCAAAAGAUAUAAUUGCUUGUGGAUUUGAUGUUUCAAGGACGUUUAUUUUCUCUGAUUUUGAUUAUGUUGGAGGUUCAUUUUACAAGAACAUGGUCAGGAUUGCAAAAUGCGUGACAUAUAAUAAGGUGGUAGGCAUUUUUGGGUUCAGUGGAGAAGACCACAUAGGAAAAGUCAGCUUUCCUCCUGUUCAGGCAGCUCCAUCCUUCCCAAGUUCUUUUCCACAUCUUUUCUCUGGCAAAGAUAGUCUCCGUUGCUUGAUUCCUUGUGCAAUUGAUCAGGAUCCUUACUUCCGAAUGACACGAGAUGUUGCUCCUCGAUUAGGUUAUCAGAAGCCUGCUCUGAUUGAAUCAUCAUUCUUUCCUGCUCUUCAGGGAGAGACAGGGAAGAUGUCUGCUAGUGAUCCAAAUUCUGCUAUAUAUGUGACUGAUUCUGCUAAGGACAUAAAGAACAAGAUAAACAGAUAUGCUUUCUCUGGUGGGCAAGAUUCUAUAGAGAAUCACCGAAAAUAUGGUGCAAAUCUUGAGGUAGAUAUACCCGUUAAAUAUCUUGGCUUUUUCUUGGAGGAUGAUACUGAGCUUGAACACAUACAAACUGAAUAUGGCGCAGGGCGUAUGCUUACAGGAGAAGUUAAGAAGCGGCUUACUGAAGUUUUGACUGAGCUGGUUGAAAGACAUCGCAGGGCCAGAGCUGCUGUGACUGAUGAGAUGGUUGAUGCAUUUAUGGCGGUAAGGCCACUUCCCAAUAUGUUCAGCUAAACGGCCGUGCUUGUUUAGCCGUGCUUUUUUUGUAUUGGAACUUUCGACAUUUUUAUUGAAGGUGUAUUAUUUUCUUGACAUUCUUUCAAACAUUAGCUAUUCUUCCAAAUCAAGAAACCUUUAAAAAUUAGAUUAGAUUAGCUAAAUAUGCUAUAUAUGUAUAUGUGUGUCAAAUAAAAAAUUCGGUUGUCUUCAAGCAUAAUGCAUAAUUGAUUUACGAAA